GCAAAAUUGCCAUAAAAUGGAAUACUUGAAACAGUUGCGCACAGUCCAAAUAUUAUUUUUGAACUUGUAACUUGUACGAAUACUACUUGAAGGAAUCAAAAUGGGUGAUCCAUGCGACUGCAGGAAAGGUGGAAGUUGCAGCUGCGGCUCAAACUGUAGCUGUAAGAACUGUGGGUGCACCGACUGCCCAAAGACAGCCGCCUGCAAAUGCAGCGUUACUUGCGCGUGCGGUGCGGGAUGCACUGGGCCUGACUCGUGCGGUUGUGGCAGCGAUUGCUCGUGCAAGUGAUGGGAUAACGUCACACAGUUACAGCGACGCACUCAGAAUCGAAUGAUGACGUCAUUUAUCGCUUAUCAUCGUCACAAUGUGCGUCGUUACCAAUCUACAGAUAACCGAUGGUGGUUCAAGAACUUUCUUCGGACAACUCAGCUCCAACUCACAAAUUGUUAGAUCAUCAAAAUAAUGCAAACUGUAUCAUGUUUAGUUAGCUAAACCCAAUUUUCUUUGUUUUCAAUUUCAAAAUUUGUCAAAAAAUACUCUUUUCUUAAAGAAGAACGCGUUUCUGACAAUGCAAAUUGUAACUGUGUGAAGUUAAUAUGUUACUGUAUGACAAUGUGUUCAAAAUAAAGAACAAAACUGUUA